AUGUUGCAAAAUUACACCUGUAAUAUCUGUCACGCUCUUUUCUCGACGGCUGCUGGUCUUACUCGGCAUACCGGAUACCACAAACGACAUCCCAACGAUCUACGUAUGCGCGGUGCUCCGGUGCUGUCAUGCCAACAAUGCAAUCGUCAAUUCGCCUCAGCAAGAGCGCUUACCACUCACUGCCGCCAGGCACACCCCACUAUUUACCAAGACAUGCUGUCAUCCCGAGUGGCCAAAUCCUCAGUACACUGGUCUGCGGAGGAAGAUGCUCAGUCAUUACUGCACGCAGCUCAUUUAGGCGAAUCUGUAUCUUCACUAGCGCAGCUUCUUCCACUUUUACAAACUAAACUCCCCUUCCGAACGAUGACAGCAAUAAGGAAACUGCCCCAAUUUCUAAAAUGGAAACGCCCUCCAGGCCGCCGCCUUCAUCGCCACCAACCUCAACAGUCGUUAACACCCACGACGAGUGCAACCGAUAAUAUUACUGAGGACACAAUCAGUAACCACAGUCCGAAGCAAAACACGCCGAGCUUUCCUGUGAUAUCCUUAGCAUCCAAAGAGACCGCGUCACCCACUCCAGAGAAUCGAUCACAUCGCCCCUCUGCUCCUGUUGCGCCUUCUACCGGCUCAGCAUCCUCUCGUACAUCAUCCAGCUUAUCAUCUGCCUCUGACAGCAACAAAGAAUUGGAAGUACUUUAUACUUGGAAAUAUUUUACUCGUAGCCAGCCGGCUAUUUCGCACCUCCGCUGUCGUCCCGGAUCGCCCAACAACCCUCUUAUCACCAACGCCCCAGAUUUUAACCCCUCCAAUGACCCGAAUGCCAUUUUAUACACGCCCCACUCCAUGCACCCCCCUCAUUCCAGCCGCGGAUAG